CGCCGCCGCCAUUUUGUGCCAGUGCCCGCGUCCCGGUGAGCGCGGUCCGUGUCGCUCCGUUGCCGGUGCCGAGGCGAGCGCAGGCGGCCCCGUAGAUGGCCAGCUUUCCCCCGAGGGUUAACGAGAAGCUCAUCGCACGAUCACGCACCGUGGGAGAACUCCUGGCUCCAACUUCUCCCUUUGACAAGAAGUGUGGACGUGAAAACUGGACCGUGGCGUUUGCUCCGGAUGGAUCCUACUUUGCUUGGUCACAAGGGCACCGCGUGGUGAAGCUGGUCCCCUGGUCUCAGUGCCUUAGGAACUUCUUGGUGCACGGCACAAAGAAUGCUGCCAACUCUCUCGGCACAAGACUUCCAAGGCAGAACAGUGACAGUGCUCAGAAAAACAAACCCUGUGAGCAUAUCAUAGACUGUGGAGACAUCGUGUGGAGUCUGGCUUUUGGCUCCUCGGUGCCGGAGAAGCAGAGCCGCUGCGUGAACAUCGAAUGGCACCGCUUCAAGUUCGGGCAGGACCAGCUCCUCCUGGCCACAGGCUUGAACAACGGGCGCAUCAAGAUAUGGGAUGUAUACACAGGAAAACUCCUCCUUAACUUGAUGGACCAUACAGAAGUUGUUCGAGAUUUAACCUUUGCCCCAGACGGCAGCCUGAUUUUAGUGUCUGCAUCCAGAGACAAAACACUGCGAGUGUGGGACCUGAAAGAUGAUGGAAACAUGAUGAAAGUGUUGAGAGGACAUCAGAACUGGGUAUACGGUUGUGCAUUCUCUCCAGACUCCUCCAUCCUCUGUUCAGUCGGAGCUAGUAAAGCAGUUUUUCUCUGGGAUAUGGAUAAAUACUCCAUGAUACGGAAACUUGAAGGACAUCACAAUGAUGUUGUAGCUUGUGAGUUCUCUCCUGAUGGAGCUUUACUGGCUACUGCAUCUUAUGAUACCCGAGUCUAUGUCUGGGAUCCACAUACUGGAGUUAUUCUUAUGGAAUUUGGGCAUCUGUUUCCUCCUCCUACUCCAAUAUUUGCUGGAGGUGCAAAUGACCGGUGGGUCAGAUCAGUAUCUUUUAGUCACGAUGGACUACACAUUGCAAGUCUGGCUGAUGAUAAAAUGGUAAGAUUCUGGAGAAUUGAUGAAGAAUAUCCUGUACAAGUUGCACCUCUGAACAAUGGGCUCUGCUGUACUUUUUCUACUGAUGGCAGUGUUCUAGCUGCAGGGACACAGGAUGGCAGCGUGUAUUUCUGGGCAACUCCAAGACAAGUUUCCAGUCUCCAGCAUCUGUGUCGCAUGGCAAUUCGCAGAGUGAUGCCCACCCCCCAGGUCAAGAACUUGCCCCUCCCAUCCAAGGUGGUGGAGUUCCUUUGUUACCAGAUCUGAAUCAUUAAAAUCAAACGGGCGGGAGGCCUGGCUGCUGAAACUGGCUGAAGACAUUGAAGAGGCCUCAGACUUUACAGCCUUCAAGCUUAAAACUCCACAGGUUUUCAAGAGCUAUUUAAAGUGAUACCUAAAUCCUAUUUUGUCAAAAUGCCUGACAGGUAAAUUUUUACUAUUUAUAGAAAACACAGUAGAAGUAUUCCUGGUGUUCUCAAUUUUCUAAACUGUAACUGUGAAAACAUGUACAUAUAUAGACAUAAGCUGCUACAUGUUAGCAAUGUACCUUUAAAAAUUGCUUUUGAUUUUAA